UUGGCUCGCAGCUUAGCUGAAGUUUCCGGGGAGGCAGUCGACGGACGGCCAGCGCGCGAGCACCAUGGACAUGGCGGCGAUGAUGAUGAACCCGCAGAUGGCGGCCAUGGGCCAAAUGGCCAUGCCAGGCAUGCCGGCGGGCAUGGUCCCUCAGGCGAUGCCGCAAGCGGUGCCGCAAAUGGCAAUGACGCAAAUGGCAGGAGGAGCCCCGGCGCUUGCCGGCGGGGCUCCGGGCGGCAAGGGCGCGCAGUGGCUGGAGCGGUGGUCCCCCGAGAAGCCGCUCGCCUACUGCCAGAUGCACCAGAUCCAGAGGUACGACCCCGGCGCCCACGACGAGGGGUUCCUUGGCGGCUUCUUCGCCGCGCUGAGCAGCGGGCAGAUCAAUACCGAGCAGCAAGACACCCCGCAGAAGCAGGAGCUGGUCAACCAGGUGAAAGGCAUUCAGAAGAGCAGCCCUGAAUGCAAGCAGAUGUGGUACGACUUCUGCUCCCGCCACGGAAACACCAACUAUGACCCUGCCCGCCACGAUGAGAAGUAUCUCUCGGACUUUGUGGACCUCGUCAACAAGGGCGGAUACGGUACUGGAGACGCGCCCAUCUCGAACAAAAUUUUUGUGGGAGCUCUUGAAAAGACAGCCAGCGAGGAUGAUGUCAAAGAGUUCUUCAGCAAUUUUGGAACCGUUACUCUGGUCGAGCUGAAACUCGACCUGACGACUGGUGUAUCUCGAGGUUUUGCAUUUGUCAGUUUCGCAGAUGAGGGGCCAGUGAAAUUCAUCCUGGACAACAAAGAGAUGAUGAAGAUGAACGGCAAGCAGAUCGACUGCAAGCCCGCCAGGGACAGGCCAACCUGGGAGAAGGGCGGAGGCGGAGGUUACGGCAUGGACUGGAUGGGCGGCGGCAAAGGCUGGGGCAAGGACUACGGCAAGAUGGGGAUGAUGAUGGCCGCGAUGAUGGGGAUGAUGAAGGGCGGCAAAGGAGGAGGAGGCGGCUGCGGUGGCAAAGGCAAGGACGUCAAAGGGCAGCAGUAUGGCAAAGGAAUGGGCCCGCCAACUGCAGACUCGGAGGUGGUCUUCGUGGGUGGCCUGCCGAAGGACGCCACUGAGGAAGCCAUCGCCCAGCACUUCUCGCAGUUCGGUAUUGUGCAGAAGGUGGACAUGAAGUAUGACAUGAACACCGGCGUGUUCCGAGGCUUCGCCUUUGUGACCUUGGGAGCCGUUGAGCAGGCGCAGGCUGUCAUGAGCAACUACGACAACAACAUGUUCAACGGCCGAUGGAUCGAUUGCAAGCCAGCGGCCCUGGGGAAGAUGCAGGAAGGCGCCGUGUCGGUGCCGCCGCAGAACAUCCCCAUCGAGAAGGUGGGCCCGGCUCCAACCAACGCCGUGCUGCGGCUCCGGGGUAUGCCCUUCUCAGCCUCCAAGGAGCAGGUGGAGCAGUUCUUCGCUGGCUACGGCCUGAGCGGCAGAGUCCACCUGAAGCAGGACUUCAGCGGGCGACCCUCGGGGGAGGCCUUUGCAGAGUUCGUCUCCACCGAGGAGGCAGUGAGGGCUUUCAACGAGAAGAACUUUCAGAUGAUGGGCACCCGAUACAUCGAGCUGAUGGGUGCCUCGGACAACGAUGUGCAGACGUACCUGGUGGGCGGUGGCGCUGGAGCCAAGGGCGGCUACGGGCCCAUGAAAGGUGGCUGUGGUAAGGGGCCUUCGCCAUAUGACAUGAUGUCGUCCUUUUUUGGCUACUGAGACCCCGUAUUGCAUGCGCGCAUUGGUCAAGCCUGGUCGAAAUCGUCGCCCCCUUUUUGAGCCCUUGGGGCUUGGGUGGGCCUAGUGGCCUGCGUUGCGGGAUCGCCCGAUUUGCGCGGGCCUUGUACAAGCGAUUCGCGCGCUGGGAUUGCAAUGGCUCGCUUGUCGUAAGGAGUUACGUGUCACCGCGGUUUAGGGACGCCUCCAGAGCUUUGUGACGCUCUUUUGGGCCAUAGGGUCGGAUUUUAGAUGGCAGAACCCGAAGGAGACGUUGCGAAGCUGCCUUCGCAUGCACGGGUGGCUUUUGCUGUUAUUGCAAGGGCUGUAUAGGGCCGCGCCCCUCACCGGAGCGAAGGAGAAAAGCCUCAAGAGUUGCUGAAGGCCCAGGUGAGGAGCGCGUGAUCGCGCG